UCUGUCGUCUUGGAUCACUGGCAGGUAAAGGUGAGACACCGAGGCCUGGGAGGACCAGAUGACUGACUUCUCCACUGGCAGUGAGGAGGGACUCCUGCCCAAUGCUCCAGUCUAACCCACAGCCAUUUUUUGUGGGACUCUCUUCCGAACAAUGCACAUAAGGAUAAACUUUGCUCUGCCACUUCUUGGAUUAUAGAAUUUGUUUCAUGAAAUUAUUAUAAUUAUGUCAAGAGUCCUUUGGAUCAAUUCACUCUGUGAAGACCAGUCACAAUAUGGCUUGUAAUCUAAAACGAACAAUACUGGAUUCAUAGCAGCUUCUUCCUGCACCACUGCAGUGGAGUUUCCUUUUGUGGAUCUAAUUCUCGUGACUAGUAUUGACCCAUUGAACCUCAAGUUUUCCCCAUCCACCCUCUUUCCCUUUAGUAGCUCAGGCCCUGGAUGAGGGUUAGAGAGGAGGUCGGCACUUUGCCAUGGCUCAUUCGUCUGACACGGCACGUAAAGACAUGACGAAUGGGGCUCAGACCAGUGCCCAGCCAGGUCCCUCGGGCACUUCUACUCUACCACGCUACCUGCACAAGAAGCAGCAUCGCCAGAGAGGAGUGAGAUCUUCUUCUCCUAUGGGGAGGGUCAUCCUCAUCAAUUCACCUGUCGAUGGUGGGGAUGAAAGUGAAGACAUCCACACAAUUACUGUGGACAAAAGUGAGGAUGGCAGGCUGGGCUUCAGUGUGCGGGGAGGCUCUGAACACGGCCUGGGGAUCUUUGUCAGCAAAGUCGAGGAUGAGAGCUCUGCAGAGCUGGCAGGCCUGUGUGUCGGGGAUAAGCUGGUCGAGGUGAAUGGAAUAAGUCUGGAGAGCAUUACUAUGAGCAGUGCUGUGAAAGUCCUGACAGGAAAUAAUCGUCUGCGCAUGGUGGUAAGACGUGUGGGGAAGGUGCCAGGUAUCCGCUAUUCAAAAGAGAAGACUACAUGGGUAGAUCUAAUUCACCGAAGAAUGGUAGUGGAAGAAAGUGGUCGCACACCUUCAGAGGCCAGUUCAGAUGGAGCCCUGCGCAGAAUAGUGCACCUUUACACAACCUCAGAUGACUACUGCCUGGGCUUCAACAUCCGCGGUGGCAAAGAGUUUGGCCUGGGCAUCUACGUCUCAAAGCUGGACCCUGGUGGCCUGGCGGAGCAAAAUGGAAUUAAAAUGGGGGAUCAGAUUCUGGCAGCCAAUGGAGUGAGUUUUGAGGACAUCACACACAGCAAUGCAGUAGAAGUGCUAAAGAGUCACACUCACGUGAUGCUGACCAUUAAGGAGGCUGGCCGAUAUCCUGCUUACAAGGAGAUGGUGGCAGAGUACAGCUGGCUUAAUAAAUUGGCUAAUGGAGGCCAGCCCGCUUCCUCCCAGGGUUCAGACUCCUACUCCUCCACUUCCUCUCUCUCCUCCGGGACGCCGGUCAGCUCUCUCAGUGGUCUCUCGCAGGUCAUGUUUCCUCCUGUGUUUGGCUCAGAGAUGGUGGAUGUCUGUAUCUCCACUGAGGACCGCUCACGCCGGCCCAGCUCUGAACGGAUAGAGGCCGCCAUGCAGACGGACCCGCCGGAGCCCGAUGCCUCAUCAAGAUCUAGUAGGGUCUUAACCACAGAAACCAGCCGAACGGUUGGCGAAACUGUCGUGUUGAAAGACACAGUAAUACGCAGCGGGACUGCCAAAACUCGGACAAGGACCUUCUCUGCUGGGGAUAAAGAGACUUUGGACUCUCCUAAAACGGCAGUCCUAAUGGCUCUCAGCAAGCCUCGCAAACCCAUCCGCCGAUCCCAGAGUCACAUCACUGUGUCAGAGGACAAGCAGAAGAAAAGCAAGCAUCAAAAGGUCAAGGUAGAGGCGGAGAGAAGCACCCUGCAGCGCUCCAAAACCUUUGUCAGCUUGCUCUUUAAAAGUGGACGCAGGCGGGAAAGGUCGUCCUCUAGAGACAGGAAGGACAAAGGGUCAGGGGACGGUCACAGAGGGAGAUCCAAAUCCCCGAAACAUUUAGAUAAUGAACCUGGUAAAGAGCGGGGUCGACCCAUAAUUAACCUGUUGAGUUCUCCCAGAGAGACUCGAGCUGGAAUGAGGGAGCACAGCCCCAUCCCCAGCCCGGAGACCAUGGCCAUGUUGGAGGAUAUGGCCCGGAAACUGCUCACCGAGGAUGAGGUGGUGGCUGUCAUGAGACACUGUAAAAGGUUUCUAGUAGAGCGUGUGGUUGAGGAUCUGGUGCGCCCCCUGCUGGCCAUCUUGGACAAGCCUGAGAAGCUUCUGCUGCUGAGGGAGGUUAGAAUGAUCAUCCCUCCCACAGAUCUGGGCCGUUUUGACAGUAUGGUGUUGCCCUUUGAGCUUGAAGCCUAUGACAUACUCAAAAACCGCUCUGUAAGGUCUCCUGUCCUGCAUUCUCCUCGUCAUGGAGGAACACCCCGUCGCCAUUUAAUAACCCCCAUCCCAGAUUACCGGGGUGGAUUCCACCUUCAGCCGGUACAGGAUCUGGAGAGAGAACGGCAGCUCAUUGAAGGACUGGAACGGCUGCGUUUGGCAGGUUUACCGACUGGACGUCUUCCUCCUCCUCGAGCUUUCACGCCACUCUUGGAUGUACCAGUGGACACUUACAUCACAGACUCGCUCCGUAAUCGUUCACUGAGUCCUGCUCGGCCCAGCUGGACACACUCAGAGUCUCCUCACAGCGCCGAACGCAUCGGACGCUCCCCCCAGAGAAGAGACAACGGUUUCCCCAGGACCUCACACCAUGACUCUUUAUCCAGCAGGGGUGAUUCUGUCCCAGAGCGAGGGAGAUCCCCUUAUAGGAAUGGACAUCAAAUGAAAUCAGACAAAUCCCAGAAUGGUAAAGAGGUAAAGCAUACCGUCAUGAGUGCACAGCGCCGGAGUAGGACACCAUUGACCCAGGUUUUUGCGCCCAGCUCGGAUCAGGGCUGGAAAGAACCAGUGAAUGGACACUCAGACAGCCAAGAAACCCCACCAGAGCAGGAGUAUGAACUAACCACAGUUACUAUCUCUAAGACCAAACAGUCCCUUGGAAUAAGCAUCUCAGGUGGGAUUGAGUCAAAGGUGCAACCAAUGGUGAAGAUAGAGAAGAUCUUUCCAGGGGGAGCGGCAUCUACUAGUAAUGUUCUGAAGGCUGGAUUCGAGCUGGUGUCGGUAGACGGAGAGUCCCUCCAAGGUGUUACACAUCAGCAUGCGGUGGAUGCCAUUCGAAGGGCUUUCAGCAACAAGGCCAAAGACCCCAUGGAGUUUAUCGUCAAAGUUCCCAAGAACCCGAAAGACUGACCUAAAGCAGCCUGAAACUCAAUGAGUUUGUAGUAAAGGCCUCGAUAUUACCAGGGCAAAGCUCUCUUUCAUUCUCCACCUGAGUUAAAAUAAAUUUGAAAUACAUGAGCAGCGGUAAACUGUUUGUAAACAUCAUGAUGCCGCCCACACUGGUGAGAGCAGCAAUUAGACGGAUAUGUAAAUAUGUGCAGCACACUCUUCUCUCAAAAUGACAGUGGCGAGAAAACAGCAGUUUAAGGAAUAGUUCACCCAAAAGUGAAAAUUUGCUCAGGAUUUACUAAUUUAGCUUCAGAUUUACCCUCAGGCCAUCUAAGAUGUAGAUGAGUUGGUUUCGUAAUUGAAACAGAUUUGGAGAAAUAACGUCAUUUGCUUAUCAGUGGAUCAGUGAAUGGGUGCCAUCAGAAUGAGAGUCCAAAGCUGAUAAAAACAUCACAGUAAUCCUCAAGUAAUCUACAUGACUUCAGUCUGGAUAUUCUGAGGGUUGGUAAAUUAUCAGCAAAUUUUCUGCAUUUUGGGGUGAACCAUUGCUUUAAGAAAGCUGCUGAUCAUAACGAAGUGGAUAUGUUUGCACAAGCUCUGCAAUUUGGCACUCCAGUCAAUUCAUGUCAUAUUUAUAUAGCAGAUUUACAGUACUAAACAUGGAAUAAACAGUAUCAGUGUCACUUAUAAAUUGGAAUUGCAGCUUUAGCUUUCCAGUGUGUUCAUGUGUUUACUCUUGACAGCCUGAAGAGAAGAAAUGAACAGAAGAUUUCACCAUCAAAGAAGGCAGAGCCCCAGAGCACACUUAUCUACUGUAUUACAUAAUCGCCAUGGACCAAUGGUUGUUUGAAGGUGUUUACAGCUGAAGCAAACUUUUCUGUCAAGCUACUUUAAAUUCCUGAAACAAAGUCUAACUAACAUUAUGCCUGAUUUUGUUCAAAAUGACAUCACACCAGUUCUUGAAUUUAGCUUGAAGUAUACCAGGGCCUUGGUGCUGCAGGGUAUAAAAGGUGGACACUUGCGAAACUGGUGGGGGUCAAGGCUAACCCCUGAGCAAGAAUCCAAAAAUGGGCUUCCAGAGAGUGCUAUUGGCCAUUCACAGAUGGUGACUUUUCCCCUUCCCGUUGAAAGUUAUUUGUUUUUGAAUGUAUUCCUUUUCUAUUUUCAGUUCAUUCUAUAAAAUCUAAUAAAACAGUCAUAACUCAUCCUUUCCACCACUAAAGGAUCCUGUUUAAACACGAGAUAUCUAUUUUUGGUUGCAGUUUAAGCCUGGAGCUAGAUAAGAGCACACUGGCAUGACAUAAUCAUAACACUACCCAUCCAUCCGGGUUACAGUUAUGCCUGAGAGAGAUUACACACAGCCACAGUAUGGAUUGAGAUUGAGAUUAGGUCUCAAUUUGCUGGUUUGGUUUAGUGAAUGUCUGGGGGAUUAUUACAAACGAGGAUCCAUGUCUCAGUUCACAUCCUGUGCUCUAAGAGAAUUUCUAUUUUUGGGAACUUGUGCUUAUGCUUAGUAUUUUUUUUAUAUUUGUGCCUUAAAGCUGCACAUAUGGACUGUGCAAUUAAGAUCUAAACGUUCUGAUGAUUUUAGGAUCAGUGUUAUAUACUGGAUGUUUUUCUCUGUACGCAUCUGGUCUGCAUUUUUGCAAUUCGUUUUAUUACAAAAGUCAUUGUGUGAUUAUAAAUAAAAAGGUUAAAUAUUGCCA